AUGUCUACUUCUACACUCUCUGCACCAGCACAUCUCCCAUCUUGGCCACCUGAAGUCUCUCCUGAACAAUUAGAUCAUCUACUCCUACUAGCCACAACACACGCAUUGACAAACGGUUUCAUCCUAUUAGCUCCUCCAGCUCCAACACCGGGAAAUCCACCAACACAAACUUUCGCAGCUCCCAUGUCUAUAUUCCCCACUCCGUUCCCUAGAAGACUUUUCGACAGGGUGAGGUUGUUGCAACCUAUAUAUAAUGUUCUGUACGCUCGUGUGGCACUAGAUUGGGAAUUCAUUGAUGGGGUUUUUCAAGGUGUUAGUAGGGUGGAUGAUUUUCAAGGAGCACUUUGGAGAGGUUGGAAAAGUAUCAGGGAAGAUUUAGUUCAAGACUUACAAUUGGGCAUAUUCCGAUCAGAUUAUCUUCUCCAUGAUACCGGGGACGAGAAACCGUUAGCUAUCAAACAGGUAGAGUUCAACACUAUCGCUUCUUCCUUCGGAGCUUUGAGUCAGCGUGCCGGGGAGCUUCAUCGAUACCUCGCAAGAGCCACCAACGGUUAUUACAACGCUUCUCCAGAAAUGAACAGAAUGUCUAAUUACCCUGAAAACCAUUCGCUUGAACUUACCGCCGAAGGUCUGUCAGAUGCUUGGAAGAUGUAUGGAAGGACAAGAGCUGCGAUUUUGUUUGUGGUACAACCUACCGAAAGGAAUAUCUUUGAUCAGAGAUGGUUGGAAUAUGAGUUGAUGGCGAAAAACGACGGACUCCGCGUUCUACGUCACACCAUGAGAGAACUGGAAGAUCUCGCUCAAGUCGAACAACUCACUCAACGUCUUUACCUCCCAUGUCCCGAAGAUCCUUACUCCUCCGCUACUGAAAUCGCCGUGGUCUACUAUCGCGCCGGUUAUGGACCCAACGAUUAUUCCACCGGAUCCGAGUGGGACACUCGUCUCUUACUCGAACGUUCUAGAGCUAUCAAAUGUCCCUCCAUGGCCCUUCAACUUGCCGGAGCUAAGAAGAUUCAACAAGUCUUGGCUGAACCUGGAAAACUCGAAGAGUUCUUACUGGGUGAAAACCAACCCGACGUUGGAUUUGGAGCCGGUGCUGGUAAAUUGAACCAGAACCAUGUGGACAUGUUGAGGGAAACUUGGAUCGGUUUAUAUCCCAUGAACAGUAUCGGUCUCGAAAUGGCUCUCAAUCAUCCGGAACUUUAUGUUCUCAAACCUCAGAGAGAAGGAGGUGGUAAUAAUAUAUAUCGGGAAGAUAUACCAGAGUAUUUAGCGAGUUUGGAAGGGAAUAAGAAAGAUACUUCUGCGGCUUAUAUACUGAUGGAAAUGAUUGAACCACCUCCAGGAGUGGGGAAUUUGUUAUUGAAAGGAGGAGAGAAACGUCCGAAAUUGACAGAGGUGGUAAGGAUUGUUAAUAGAGAAGCGGGGACUUUGUUGAGGACAAAAGGGAGGGAUAGUGAUGAAGGUGGUGUUGCCAUAGGAAUAAGCUCCAUAGAUAGUCCUUUUCUCGUCGAAUAA